GGCAGGUGAAGGUCGCAGGGCAAUGGCUGGAGCCGCAGGGGUGCUGCUGGUCAUGGCAGCGGGUCUAGUUGUUGCAGGGGAGGUUGGAGCAGGUCGGCUGGGAGGAGCAGGAGCAGGAGGAGCAGGAGGAGCAGGAGGAGUGUUCUCUGGCAGGACCGAGCUCCUUGAGAAGCUCCGAAUGACGCAGCUCUUGGGCAACGCGACGGAGGUUGAGGUGGAGUUCCCAGCUGACUACCCGAACUCCGUCAGACACUUCUUCCUCAUCGGCUUCCUGGCUCAACUCCUGACCUCCGCUCUAUUCUUCUUCAUGAGCCUCCGCAAGGGCCACGAGAGCAUGCCCCACGCCCUGGCAUGGCUUGCCCCAGCUAUCGGAGCUCUUGCGUACUUGGCCAUGUGGGCGGGGGUAGCGGUUUGGUACAAGACGAGUGACGAGACUCCUCGUGUGAUCUUCUGGGCUAGAUACAUCAACCACAUUCUGGGAACUCCGAUCAUCCUGGGAUGUAUCGCCAUCUUCACCUCAGCUCCUCUUCCCAGCAUCAUCACCCUGCUGGGUGCCGAUUUCUUGAUGAUGUCCUGCCUGUGCGUCGGAGCUGCUCUUGCCGGAGGUCACAAGUACACGUGGUGGGUUGCUGCCGUACUUCUGUUCAUCGGGAUCGUUUCAACCUUCAUCUACCGCAUCGAGAAGAUUGCUUCGGAGCAAACGAAGCAAGUCUUCCUCGUCCUAUUGAGGAUCUUGCUUUUCUGCUGGAUCGCCUGGCUGGUCCUGUGGCUGCUCGGAUCGGAGGGGACGGCAGCUCUCGGCCUGUCUCAGGAGGUGGGGCUCACAUGCAUCGUUGACGUCAUCUCGGUCGCUGGCCUCCUUCUCUACAUGCUCGUCAAGGUGGAUGCGGCUGAUGAUGACAAGCCAAGCAAGCAGAGCGGAGCCACUUUGACUUAAGACCUGUGUAUCAAAAUGUGUUUACUUGUUG